UCCCUAAUUCGUUCAAUCAAAAACCCUAAAACCCCUAAUUUCACACCCUAUGCUCCGACAACGAGCGGGGAACUGAACCCAACAGAAGACAUGGAAGACGCCUCGGGGAUGGAAGUGGAGGGGCAAAAUUGUCGACUUUCGGAUUCAUCCUCGGAUCGAAACGGAACCCAUCCGGCGAAAUUCGGUCUCAAGAGCACUAUUCCGACCAACUUCGGCCAAGACUAUGUCUUCCAGAUCGUCCCUCAAAUGGAUUGGACGGCCAUGGCAGUUUCGUUGUCUACCAACGCCGUGAAGAUUUACUCGCCGGUAACCGGUCAGUACUACGGUGAGUGCAAGGGUCACUCGAAUACUAUCAAUCAAAUUUCGUUUUCCUCGGAGUCGGCGACGCCCCAUGUCCUGCAUUCUUGCUCCUCUGAUGGUACCAUUAGAUUUUGGGACACACGUAGUUUCCAGCAGGUUUCGUGUAUUUAUGGUGGCUCAGGGCAAGAGAUUUUCAGCUUCUCAUUUGGAGGGUCUGGAGAUAAUCUUCUCGCCGGUGGAUGCAAAGAGCAGAUUCUUUUAUGGGAUUGGAGAAACGGAAAGCAAGUUGCUUGUUUGGAGGAAUCCCACAUGGACGACGUUACUCAGGUACACUUUGUUCCCAACAAUCGGAACAAGCUUCUUUCAGCCUCUGAAGAUGGGUUGAUAUGUGUAUUUGACACUCAAGGUGAUGUCAAUGACGAUGAUAAUCUGGAAUCUGUAAUAAAUGUUGGGACAUCAAUCGGGAAAAUAGGCUUCCUAGGAGAUUGCUAUAAAAAACUGUGGUGUCUGACACAUAUAGAAACCUUAAGUGUUUGGGACUGGCAGGACGGGAUCUGUGAAGUGAAUCUGGAGAACACUCGCCAACUUGCAUCAGAUAGCUGGACACAAGAUCAUGUUGAUUACUUCAUUGACUGCCAUUGCCCGGGAGACGGAAACUUAUGGGUGGUAGGAGGAACCUGCUCAGGUACGAUAGGUUAUUUCCCUGUAAAUUACAAGGGACAGGGAUCGAUCGGGUCCCCAGAAGCCAUUCUGGGAGGAGGUCACUCGGAUGUGGUGAGGAGCGUUCUGCAAAUGCCGACCGGUGCCGGUGAGAUAUUUGGGUGGACCGGCGGCGAGGACGGGCGGUUGUGUUGCUGGAAGUCUGAUGAGUCUACGGAGUUAAACCGGUCUUGGACUUCAAGUGCCUUGGCCGUCAAGUCAACCAGAACCCGUCGGAAAAACCGGCACUCUCCUUACUAAUGUCUCUAUCCUUUUAUUGUCUCAUUAUUUUUGGCCCAUUCAGAUGUUUUGUUUUUCCUUUUCUUGAGUUCUACCAUUUUCUUGUAAUUUGGUCGUGGUGCUUAUAUAAUAGAUGAAUGAGAUAAUAUAUUUGCUAUUAAAUGUUUGAAAACUAGAA